AUGUCUGACUCUGACCCAAAGUUCCAUCCCUUGCUCGUCUCUGGCGCUGAAAAGUGUCCUGGGACUGACACUGAAGCAAUAGAGAAAUGGGAGUUGAGAGCUGAAAAGGCUGCUGGUGCAUUAUACCUCAAUGUCACCAAAGAGCAGCGCAUCCAUCUUGAUGGCAUCAUUGAUGAUCCUGUCAAGAUCUGGGAGAAACUGGCCAUUGUGCACGUCUCUAAGAAGCCUGGGACGAGAUUUAACGCCUAUGACGACUUCUUCUCUAUCAGAAAGAAGGAGGACGAGUCCCUGCAGUCUCUCAUGACCAGGAUUGACGAAGGCAUGCAUCAGAUUCAAAAUCUUCGUCCUACAGGGUUCUCAUUGUCUGAAUUGGACGAUGAAUUGACAUGCAUGGCCAUGAUUAGGGCGCUUCCUGAUCAAUAUGCCCACUUCACUUCGUCUCUACUACUUCUGGGCACCUUGGAUAAAACUUAG